GCCCAGGCAGGGGGGCUCGGUCCCAUCAAUUCAGCUACAAAUGUCACACAAGUAACGAUGACGGGUCGGGUCUCAAACCCUCCGGCUCCGUGACCCGUGUGUGGAACUGCGUCUGCAGCCUCGGGAGGGGAGCUCCAGGCUCCGGAUCCCCAACUGCACGGCUCUGUCUGAGAUCUCCGGACACAUGGCACUGAGGUCCCUUCAGAUGGGCUGUUAGCACCAAUGGGCCUCACUGAAGGGACUCUCGGGAGAAACUGGCACCUCCUGACUCUGAAUGUCAACCUGGCUGUGGGAAUGUCCCUGCAAACUCAGAGAUUUCUCUGUUCGUCUGAACACAGACUGGGACGCUGGCACAGAGCUGGGCUCCCUUUGUGACAGACCCAGCUACGAUGAUGAGGAAGGUUCCCUCGUUCUCCCCCGGCUUCACAGUGAGCUCCGCUCUGCCCGGCUACAUCGCUCUCUGCCUCGCUCUACAGGUUCACAGGCUGACGUCAGCAGAGUUCACAGUGACUGGACCUGACCGUCCAAUUACUGCCUCCCUAGGUGGUGAGGCCAUCCUGCCCUGCCACCUCUCCCCCAGGAUGAGCGCUGAGAACAUGGAACUGAGAUGGUUCCGAUCCGAGUUCUCUGCAGUCGUGCACCUGUACCGUGAUGGGCAGGAUCAGUAUGGAGAUCAGAUGCCGGAAUAUCGAGGAAGAACUGAGCUCUUGAAAGACGACAUCAAGAAUGGGAGUGUUUCCCUGAGAAUACGCGAUAUCCAACCCUCCGACAAUGGACAAUACAAAUGUUUUUUUCAGUCCAGUGCCUCUUAUAAGGAUGCUUUUUUGGAACUGCAGGUGGCAGGUUUGGGCUCUGCUCCUGCCAUCUCUGUGGAGGGACAUCAGGACGGAGGGAUCCGGGUGGUGUGUCGAUCAGCUGGAUGGUACCCAGAGCCCAAGGCUCAGUGGAGAGACCUCCAGGGGAAGAUUUUACAAUCAGUCUCUGAAAAAAUAUCCCCAGAGGCCAAUGGCCUGUUUCAAGCAGAGAUUGCCAUUGUUCUAACAGAAGAGUCCAACCAGAAAGUGUCCUGCUGUGUCAGGACCCUCCUUCUCAACCAGGAGAGAGAGUCAGUGAUUUCCAUAGCAGAGCUGUUUUUCCCACGAGUCAAUCCUGGGCUGGUGGCUCUGGGUGUGAUCCUGGCUGUCCUGGCUGUUCUCAUUCUCCUGGCCAGUUACUGCAUCUGGAGACAGCACAGAGCAAAAGAUAAACUCCAGGCUGAGUUCAGGUGGAGAAGCGCCCAGCUCUACGCAGUGGACGUGACUCUGGAUCCAGACACGGCAAAUCCCCAGCUCGUCCUGUCUGAGGAUCGGAAACGUGUGAGAUGUGGAGGCAGACGCCACGAUCUGCCCAACAACCCUGAGAGAUUUGAUCCUUGUCCCUCCGUCCUGGGUGCUGAGGGGUUUGCGGGCGGGAGGCAUUACUGGGAGGUGGAGGUGGGAGACAAGACAAGAUGGGAUCUGGGGGUUUGUAGGGAAUCUGUGAGCAGGAAGGGAUGGGUCACACUCACACCUGAGGAUGGAUUCUGGGUCGUGUGGCUGAGGGAGGAGGAAUACAAGGCCCUCACCUCCCCCUUGACCCUCCUCCCCGUGAGCGUCAGGCCCAGCCGGGUGGGGAUUUUCCUGGACUAUGAGGCGGGCGAGGUCUCGUUUUACAAUGUGACUGACAGGUCCCAUCUCUUCACUUUCACUGGCACCUUCUCCGGGACGCUCCGCCCUUAUUUCUAUCCUGGUGUCAACACCUGGGGUACAAAUGCGACUCCCCUGAAAAUCUGCCCGGUCCCAGCUCAGACCAAAGGGAAUCUCUGUCCCUGACUGUGACACCCACGGCACAGACUGGCUCCUCCCAGCCCUGCUGCUCUUCUCACCCUCCCCUCUGCCAGUGGUGGGGGCCAGUUACUGCAGCAACUGGACUUUCUGUGCUGACCGGACGCUGCCAGUUUCCCUUUUCAACUGGAGCCUCCAAUCAAAAACCAGAUACCUGGGAACGCCCAGCCCCCACCUUUCCCGUCCCCUGCCUCAAGGGUAGCAGAUGGUGGGGGAUGGGGUCAGAAUUUUCUACCCCUGAGCAGAGUCUGAGGGAAGGCACAUCACAUGGCAUUGCUAGGACUCCUUUUUGUUUUAACCAUGAUGUGUUAUGAACGUUUUCAAUGUCAUAAUUCAGUUUUGAAGAUUUAUUCACAAUAUGCCAUUCAUGCCAUGU